AUGUCGUCGCCACCCACAUCUGCUGGCAUCGUCUCUGCCAACAUUAAGCUGUUCAAUAGUAAAUCAGAGACUGAGACACCGACAUCCUACCGUCAACGACCAGCAAUAACACGUUCUUCAUCACAAUUGGGGAAAUCCCAAGGACCACCGCUUCCACCCAAACCAACAAAGCCUGUUUUCCAAGAACAAAAGCAGAAAUCAGCACCUCCUUCUUCUAUCCAACGCAAUUUAUCACCUCCCAUUCCUCCACCACGACCAAGUCCUGCUGCAUUACGUUCUCUCAGUAAAGUAUCGGCUGUUGAAUCGGCAACGUCUCAAGCGGAAACACCACCUGUUGUACAUACACCAGCCAGCCUCCAUGUUGAAGAACAGUCUAGACUUCCUAACGGCAGCAUAAUCACACACGUUGGCUCGAGCACCUCGGCAGCACUUAGAGGAGUUCUCGAUAAGGUGGUGGGCAGUGUUAGUGAUCUUUGGUCUAGUCAGGGAUCGUCAUCAUCAUCAGGCUCUGAAACACCCAACAACAAUGCCAAAACGAAGAUAUCAUCGCCCUACAACCUUAUCCAUGUCACCCACGUUGGCUUCGACUCUCAAACGGGGGAAUUCACGGGAUUGCCAAGAGAAUGGUUGAUCUUAUUACAACAAAGUGGUAUCAGUAAACGAGAACAACAAGAGAAUCCACAGGCUGUAUUGGAUGUUAUUGGAUUUUACAAAGAGACACGUGAACAAUCGCAAGAUGUAGUUUGGGAGAAAUUUGGGAAUGCACAUCCACGACACUUUUCGAGUGAAGUAAUGCGUCGAUUGACUCCUCCUCCACUUCCACAACGAGCACGACCAAGGAUGAUUGUUGUUCCUUCGACAGCUGACAAUGAUGAUCAACAACCACAACCUCCUCCUCCUCCUCCUCAGUCUCAAUCUUCCAAACCCACUUUACCAGCGAGACCUACCAUCACGCAAAAACCUAUAUCACCUAUUCCCACUGGUGGAAGUGCACCUUCAACAUCUCAGUCUACUGAAGAGUCACCUGCUGCUGCUAUCAGUGUUGCUCAACGAUUACACAAGUUCGAGAGCCAAUCGACACCCAAAUUAUCAUACAAAGCAACGCCACCACCUAAACCACCAUUAUCAACAAAACCCACCAUUCCUGCCAACAAGCCAACUAUUCAACCUACUCAGACUACAUCCACCAAUACAACUACUACUAUUACACCAACAACAACAACUACUACACCAUCACCAUCACCACCUGUUGCUCCACCACGACCCAAAUUAAAACAACAACUUACAGGACCAGAGACCACGCAUCAUCGAUCUUCUGAUGUUUACAUAUCUCCUGUUGCUGCACCACUCGAUCCAGCAAUGGAUGUUCCUCCUCCAGAACCACGGAUACGAAGACGUGAAACGAAGAAGCCAAACAAGGAUGCCGAGAUAUUAUCCGAGCUACGUACAAUUUGCACCGAUGCCGAUCCGACCAAGCUAUAUAGGAAUAUGAUCAAAGUUGGUCAAGGUGCCUCUGGUGGUGUAUAUACCGCUCAAUCUGUUGAUACCAAUAUCUCAGUCGCCAUCAAGCAAAUGAACCUUGCCCAACAGCCAAAGAAAGAAUUGAUUAUCAAUGAGAUCCUGGUCAUGCGUGAGGCUCGCAAUGAGAACAUUGUCAACUUUAUCGAUUCUUUUUUGGUCACUGGCGAGCUUUGGGUAGUGAUGGAAUAUAUGGAAGGUGGCUCUUUGACGGACGUGGUGACGACCAACAUGAUGACAGAAUCACAAAUCGCUACUGUAUGUCGCGAGGCACUACAAGGAAUACAUCACUUGCAUCAUUUGGGCAUCAUUCAUCGGGAUAUCAAAUCUGACAAUGUGCUUUUGGGAUUGAGUGGACAAGUCAAGCUUACCGACUUUGGUUUUUGUGCAAGGUUGAAUGAUCAAGAGAUGAGAACGACAAUGGUUGGAACACCCUACUGGAUGGCUCCCGAAGUGGUGACGCGGAAGGAAUAUGGACCAAAGAUUGAUGUAUGGUCACUUGGUAUCAUGGCAAUUGAAAUGAUCGAGGGUGAACCACCGUAUCUUCACGAGAACCCACUACGAGCGCUUUAUCUUAUUGCAACAAAUGGCACUCCUACUCUUCAACACCCAGAUGCUCUUUCUGAAACCUUGUUGGACUUUCUCAAGCAAUCAUUACAAGUGGACAGUAAUCAGCGUCCUGACGCCGAUGUCAUGUUGCAGCAUCCCUUCUUACAAAAAGCGGAGCACGUGCGAUCACUGAUCCCUCUUAUAAAAGCUAGCCUCGAUAUCCGUAAGGCUCAUGAAUCGUAA